CUGCGCCCGAAAUGGAGCUCGACACAGCGCAUAUUGACACCUCGCAGGUGCUGAGCAGCGCGGAGGAGAUCCCUCGGUACCCCAAGCCCCCUCCCCUACCCCAUCCGCUGAAAGGCAAGAUGGGCAGGGGGAAGGUGGAAAUCAAGCGCAUUGAUAAUGCCAGCAGCCGGCAGGUGACCUUCUCCAAGCGGCGCAACGGGCUGCUGAAGAAGGCCUACGAGCUGUCGAUUCUUUGCGACGCGGACAUCGCGGUGAUCAUCUUCUCGCCGAGCGGGAAGCUCUUCGAGUACGCCAACUCCAACAUGAAGGAUCUGCUGGAGAGGUACAUGAAUUGCCCGCAGGAGACGAGAGAGAAGAGGAGGGUAGAUAACAACGAUUACAUCAACAGGGAGCUGAGGAGGCUGAGAGAGGACUGCGAGUCGAUGAAGAGGGAGAGGAGGCAGUUUUGUGGGGAAGAGCUGGACGCGUUGUCGUCGGACAAUCUGGAGCAGCUGGAGAUGCAACUGGAGGAGAGCCUGAGGAGGGUGAGGUCGAGGAGGCUGGAUGCGUACAGGAACGAGCUGGAUAUACUGCGGCGGAAGGUGUCGGAGCUGGAGCAGUCGGCGGCGGCGAAUUCCGCGGCGGUGGCGGCGGCGUCCGCGAUGGUGGUGACGGCAUCGACGGUGGCGGCGCAGCAGCAAUCGAUGGGGAUGCCGCCGCCGCCUUCCGCGUGCUCGUCGCCGUGUAGCCAGGUGAGCAGCGCGGUGGCGGCUGCGGCGGCCGUCGCCGCCGGGCUGUCGGUUGCGCAGGGGGGCGCGUCCGCUCAUCACCACCACGUGCAGCACUCGGCGCAGCAGCAGCAGCAGGCGGCGGCGGCGGCGGCGGCCGCGGCGUCGCAGCAGUCCGCGCAGCAGCAGGCGGCGGCGCAGCAGCAAGCGGCGGCGCAGCAAGCGGCGGCGCAGCAGGUCGCCGCUCAGCAUGCGGCGGCGGCGGCGGCCGCGCAGCAGCAGCAGCAGCAGCAGCAGCAACAGCACCAGCAGCAGCAGCAGCAGCAGGGCCCGCAGCACCACCUGGGGAGCAUGGCCGUCGGCCUCCACUCCCAGGGAAUGCGAGAGAUGAUCCGCCUUCAGCAUGGCGCGCUGCAGGGCCUCUCCAUGCCUAUGUUGGCCGCGCCGGGUGGGGGCAUCCCCCUGGGAAUGUUCGCAGGCCCACCCCUUCGACGAAAGAAAAAGAAGAGGAAGAAGGAGAAGAAGAAGACAAGCAAAAACGAUGAGCAGGAGGAAGAAAAGAGCGCGGCGGGAGUGCGCAAGUGGAGGAAGGGAAAGGUGGCUGUUAUUAUUAGUACUAUAAUAGGAAACAAGCAGAUCGCAGAGAAGGGGGAUCGCAACGAUGAUGACAGUCGUGUCCAUUCGUGGAAGGCGAAGACAUGGAGAGAGGCGAGAGUGAGUCAACUGAUGGGAAUGAAUCUGGACACGAUCUUGGUGAUGAUGACGAUGAUGAUGAUGAUGAUGAUGGAGAAAGGCGGGGAGUUGGCGAAAGGCGAGAGUAACUGCUUGGUGAUGAUGAUGAUGAUGAUGAAGUUUAUGAUGGUGAAGAUUAUGACCAAGAUGAUGAUGAUGAUGAUGAUGAUCUGGAGGUGGACAAAGGCGAGAGAGUAAUUGAGGGGAAUGAGAUGGAGAUGGAGAAGAUCUCUCUCACUUUCGUCCUCAUGUCUGGAGAACG